AUGUCUCUCCCUCCCAAAACUGGUAUCGUGCCUCCUCCGCCUCCACCUCCGCCAGCGGCCAUGAAAUUUCCCACUUCUAUGGCGCCCCAACCACCUUUGGUGGCAUCAACAGGUCCUCCGGGUACUUUCCAGGUUGAGUUGUUGAUUUACAAUGGCUCGCCAUUCAAAGAUCACUGGGCUUACUGGGUGCGUUCACGCACCAACCCUGAUAUCGGCGUCAAGAUACACGCUACUGGUAACGUCGGGAAUGGCUUUGAGCUCGAAAUCAAGCGAUGUAUUGACCUGCAAACGACUGAUGAGCGUCCCACAAAGAGGGUUCCUCUGCAGUGGGUCGAUGGGAAGUACUUUGACCAGAAUGCUAUGCUCAACAACGGAGAAUCAAAAAUUGACAAUAAAACCGUCUGUCGCUUCGAAGCGAGCGCUUUUGAAGUCAAAGCACCGGAAAAGACGUUGAAUGUAGUUGGCAACGCGGUGCGUUCGGACAUAAUUUCCUCUCAGCCUGUGUUCUCGGGACAUAUGCCUUUCGCCUUUCUUUUUUCCCGGGACUAUACUUCGGAUAUCGGGUUUGGUGACACGGAUGCAUAG